GGUCCAGGAAGCGCGCCUCUUCUCUCCUCUCCUCCUCCUCCUCCUCCUCUCCUCCUCUCCGGCUCCAGUGAAUCAGCUGACGAAUGGUAUCUCCCUCCUCUCCUCUCCCGGAUGGAUCGCGCCGCUGAAGCCGGGCAGCCUGAGCGCUGACACAGGAGCAGGUUGCCCACCGCCCGCUCUCCUGCCGCUGGAUGUCACACCGACCGACCCUCGAGAAAAGAUUCCGCCACCCACUCCCGAAAAAAAAAGAGGUUACUUUAUUGAAUUUUCCCACCUCGGGCAGGAAGCUACCCGCUUCCCCUCACCAUGGCUUCCAACUUCAACGACAUAGUCAAACAGGGAUACGUGAGGAUACGGAGUAAGAAACUGGGGAUCUUCCGGAGGUGUUGGCUGGUGUUCAAGAAGGCCUCCAGCAAAGGACCCCGACGGUUAGAGAAGUACCCAGAUGAGAAGGCAGCGUACUUCAGGAGUUUCCACAAGAUCACUGAGCUCCAUAACAUCAAGAACAUUACCCGGAUGCCGCGGGAGACAAAAAAGCAUGCUGUGGCGAUCAUCUUCUGUGACGACACAUCCAAGACAUUUUCCUGUGAAUCAGAGCUCGAUGCAGAGGAAUGGUGUAAGCUGCUGUGCGUGGAGUGCCUGGGCAGCCGACUCAACGACAUCAGCCUGGGAGAGCCAGACCUGUUAGCAGCGGGGGUGCAGCGGGAGCAGAACGAACGUUUCAACGUGUACUUAAUGCCCACCCCUAACCUGGACAUCUACGGGGAGUGCACCAUGCAGAUCACCCAUGAAAACAUCUACCUGUGGGACAUCCACAACGCCCGCCUCAAACUCGUCAUGUGGCCUCUCAGCUCCCUGCGCAGAUACGGACGAGACUCCACCUGGUUCACUUUUGAGUCCGGAAGGAUGUGUGACACAGGAGAGGGUUUGUUCACGUUCCAGACGCGGGAGGGGGAGAUGAUCUACCAGCGGGUCCACUCGGCUACGCUGGCCAUUGCCCAGCAGCAUGAGAGGAUGAUGGAGGAGAUGGAGAAGAGCUCCCAGAUCCACUCCAGAGAGACGCUAACCAAGUCCAUCUCCCUGCCACGCAGCGCCUACUGGCAGCACAUCACGCGUCAGAACAGCGUGGGAGAUCUCUACAGUUACCAAGGUGCAGGCAUGAAGUUACUAAUUAUCAUACGCACGGUGUUGCUAUUUCUUUACCUGCCUGUGUCAGUGGUAGUGUGUGUUGGAAGAGGUGACGGAAAGACAGGCGGAGACAUAGGGAUAUUGUGCCCAAUGACGGGGGAACUGUCACUUUAUGCAUUUAUUCAUCUCGUCAGAAUCAAGUUUGAAUUCCUCAUUUUUUCUAUUUGUACAAACUAUAUACAGUAUUAUUAAGGACAUAACAUACACCAUACCUUCACUAUCAUCUAA